CAGGAAGUGGGAACUAGUUCGUUUCGUACGAUUGCACGCUUUUAGUUGCAAUGGAUGUUGGUGAGCUCUUGAAUUAUCAGCCCGACCGCGGGGCCAAGCGACCAAGGGAGGAGGAUGGAGAUGAGGCACGGAGUAAAACCAAGGCCAGCCGAGACGCCGCCAGACUGCAGCAGAUGAUUGCAGAGGCCGAGGGGGACGAGCAGGAAGUGGACAGAGACACGAUCCUGGAGAAGCUUCUGGAUCAUGAGGAGGAGACUGAUGUUGAACCAGUGGAUGAAAGUUCUUUGAAAAAAAUGAUUCUGACUUUUGAGAAGAGGUCUUACAAAAACCAGGAGCUACGAAUCAAGUUCCCAGACAACCCUGAAAAGUUCAUGGAGACCGAGUUGGAUUUGAAUGAUGUUCUUCAGGAGAUGCAUGUGAUCGCCACCAUGCCGGACCUCUACCACCUUCUGGUGGAGCUGAACGCAGUCCACUCCCUACUGGGCCUCCUCAGCCACGAGAACACAGAUAUUUCGAUUGCAGUCGUGGAUCUAUUGCAAGAAUUAACAGACAUCGAUACUCUUCAUGAGAGUGAGGAGGGAGCGGAGAUCCUGAUCGAUGCUUUGUUGGAGGGGCAGGUGGUGGCUUUGCUAGUCCAGAACAUGGAACGCCUCAACGAGCAGGUGAAGGAGGAGGCAGAUGGAGUCUACAACACUUUGGCCAUCAUUGAAAACAUGGCAGAAUUCAGACCAGGCCUGUGCACAGAAGCUGCCCAGCAGGGACUGAUGCAGUGGCUUCUGAAGAGAAUAAAGGUGAAGAUGCCAUUUGAUGCCAACAAGCUUUACUGCAGUGAAAUCUUGGCCAUUUUACUCCAAAACCAUGAUGGGCCAAGAGGUCUAUUGGGAGAGUGUGACGGUAUUGACGUACUUCUUCAGCAGCUCUCUGUGUUUAAGCGCCACAACCCGUCCACCCCUGAGGAACAGGAGAUGAUGGAGAACCUGUUUGGGGCCCUCUGCUCCUGCCUCAUGCUGGGGGCCAAUCGCGAUCGCUUCCUCAAGGGGGAGGGGCUACAGCUCAUGAACCUCAUGCUCAGGGAGAAAAAGAUGUCUCGUGCUGGUGCGUUGAAGGUGUUGGACCACAGUAUGAUGGGACCGGAGGGACACGACAACUGCCACAAGUUUGUUGACAUCCUGGGACUCCGCACCGUCUUCCCGCUCUUCAUGAAGACCCCCAAGAAGAUGAAGAAGGCAGGAAUAUCAGAAAAGGAGCACGAAGAACAUGUGUGUUCCAUCAUCUCCUCAAUGUUACGGAAUUUGAAAGCCCAGCAAAGAUCAAGGCUGCUGAGCAAGUUCACUGAGAAUGACUGUGAAAAAGUCGACCGGCUGAUGGAGAUCCACUUCAAAUACUUGGAAGCUGUACAGCAGGCAGACAAGAGGAUUGAAGGAGAGAAACAUGACAUCGUGCGUCAGGGGGAGAUCCUGGACGAGGGCAUGGAGGACGAGUUCUACCUGCGGCGUCUGGACGCCGGCCUGUUCGUACUGCAGCUCAUCUGCUACAUCAUGGUGGAGAUCUGCAGUGCAGGCAUCUCACAGGUGCAACAGCGAGUCUACCAGAUCCUGAACUUGAGAGGAGGGUCUACCAAAGUUGUCAGACACAUCAUGCGAGAAUAUGCAGAAAACAUGGGCAACAAGAGCAGCGAGGAGAACGCACAGACUGAACAACGGAGGAUACUGGACCUCGUAGAGAACUUCUGAUUUAGGCCUACCAGCGAUAUUCAGACCCUUAUUAGGGCUCCUGGAAUUAUAUUUGAUUUUUUAUUCCUGUCCCUUCCGUUGUGUUCUUAUCUGUUAGUGUGAAUAAAACAUGCUUUGUAUUUAGAAACA